AUGAAAAUCCCACCCUCGCCCAAUUCCAACGACGCCGGCAGCGACUUCCUGGGCAACCCGAACCCCACCGGUCUCCCCAACGUCGAGGAUUACUCCGACUACUACGCUUUCUUCCAGGACGCCGUCACCUCCAUCCCAUCGGCGCAGUUCGAAAUGCCCGGCGACGGCGCCGGCGCCGGCGGAGGGAAGAGGAAGAGAGGGGGUGAGGCGGAGGGCAGCGGCGAGGAGUACUAUGAUUCCCCCUGCGACAGCUACAGCGGCAGCGGCAGCAACGGGAGCGGGGAGGCGCAGCAGGGGAGAAAGAAGAAGACGAUCGUCAUCUCCCAGCUGAUCACCUCCCUUGCGAUGCUCGAGGAGCAGAACAGGGCCGCGCGGCAGGAGUGGGAGAGAGAAGCCGAGCAGGAUCUCGCCAUGUUCGAGACCAACCACACCCAGAAGGCCAAGGCCAUGACCGACUACCGCAAUUACCUCCAGGACCACCACUCCGACGCCGACGAGUCCGAGACACUCCACGGCAAGCGCGCCCGCGUCGCCGCCGCCGCCGCCGUCGCCGCCGCCGCGGCCUCCUCCGCUGCGCUGGGUGCCGCAGAACCCACCGCCCCCGCCGCCCCCGCCGCGGGGCCGUCGCAGCAUCACCGGCGGCUGUGGGUGAAGGACCGGUCGCAGGCCUGGUGGGACCGCUGCAACCAUCCGGACUUUCCCGAGGCCGAGUUCCGCAAGGCCUUCCGCAUGGGCCGCGCAACCUUCGACAUGAUCUGCGAGGAACUCGGAGCUGCUGUGGCGAAGGAGGACACGAUGCUCCGCGCUGCCAUCCCCGUGCGGCAGCGCGUGGCGGUCUGCAUCUGGCGGCUGGCGACGGGGGAGCCCCUGCGGCUGGUGUCCAAGCGCUUUGGCCUGGGAAUCUCCACCUGCCAUAAACUGGUGCUGGAGGUCUGCGCCGCCAUCAAGUCGGUGCUCAUGCCCAAGUUCCUGCAGUGGCCCUCCGAGGCGGCGGCGGAGGCGAUCAAGGCCCGCUUCGAGUCGGCCUCCUGCAUCCCCAACGUCGUCGGCGCCAUGUACACGACCCACAUCCCCAUCAUCGCCCCGAAGAUCAGCGUCGCCGCCUACUUCAACAAGCGCCACACAGAGCGAAACCAGAAGACCUCCUACUCCAUCACCAUACAGGGGGUGGUCGACCCAGAUGGAGUCUUCACCGAUGUCUGCAUCGGCUGGCCCGGUUCCAUGUCCGACGACCAGGUGCUGGAGAAGUCGGCCCUCUACCAGCGCGCCGCCGGCGGCAUGCUCAAUGGCCAAUGGAUCGUAGGGGGCGGCGGCUACCCCCUCAUGGACUGGGUUCUGGUGCCCUACGCGCACCAGAACCUCACCUGGACACAGCACGCUUUCAACGAGAAGAUCGGGGAAGUUCAGCGGGUCGCCAAGGAGGCCUUCGCGCGCCUCAAGGGGAGAUGGAAGUGCCUGCAGAAGAGGACGGAGGUGAAGCUCCAGGACCUCCCCGGGGUCCUCGGCGCUUGCUGCGUCCUACACAACAUCUGCGAGAUGAGCAAGCAGGAGAUGGACCCGGAGCUGGACUUUGAGCUCAUCGACGACCAGAUGGUGCCCGAGAAUAGCCUCCGGUCCUUGAACUCGAUGCAGGCCCGGGAGAGCAUCGCCCACAACUUGCUCCACCGUGGGCUCGCCGGCACCGCCUUCUUCUAG